AAAAAUCUGAUUUUUUUUCUGAAGAUGGACACCCAGUAAUGGCAGCUGGUAGCCCGGUUGGUCACAUAGCUUUGUGGGAUCUAGAAGAGAAGAAACUAAAGAGUCAAAUGCGAAAUGCUCAUUCCACAGCAGUAGCUGGUAUGUCAUUUGUCCCUGGAGAACCACUUCUUAUUACUAAUGGUGCUGAUAAUGCUAUAAGGGUGUGGAUUUUUGAUGGACCUGGUGGUACAGGACGUGUAUUGAGAAGCCGAAUGGGCCAUAGUGCGCCACCAACAAAAAUCAGAUACCACGGGCAAAAUGGAGAGCAAAUUCUUAGUGCAGGUAUGAAUUCUAAUUCUUCUUAUUCAGUCUGAUUUCCUGUUGUGAUG